GCCUGCCUCCUCAUAACCCACCCUACCCACCACUUGGCCGACCUCAGUGGGAGGCCUACUAUUUGCCUGCCUACGCCCACCGCAUACAGUCUACACCCUGAGGUCUUCUACCUACUCCAACAACGACAGCAACCGCUCCGAUUAAAGACUGACACCUAUCCUUCUACCUACCGUGCCAAAAGCACACACGUAAACUCAACCCGCCUGCGGCUCCUCCUCCUCCCUCCCCUCCACACCCGACAAACCGACCGACCGACCGUCUGACUGACCACACCUCACCACCAUGAACCGGCUCUUCGGCAGCGCGCCCAAGGCGCCCAAGCCGACGCUCAACUCGGCCAUCUCGACGCUCGACGGGCGCAUCUCGUCGGUCGACGUGAAGAUCGCGUCGCUCAACGCGGAGCUGGGCGGGUACCAGGCGAAGCUGGGCAAGAUGCGCGAGGGCCCGGGCAAGGCGGCGCUGAAGGCCAAGGCGCUGCGCGUGCUGCAGCGGCGCAAGCAGUACGAGGCCCAGCGCGACCAGCUGCAGGGCCAGGUCUGGAACAUGGAGCAGGCCCAGGCCCUCCAAGACAACCUCGCCGGCGUCAUGACCACCGUCGACGCCAUGCAGACCACCCAGAAGGAGCUCCGCCGCCAGUACGGCAAGGUCGACCUCGACCGCAUCGACCGCCUCCAGGACGACAUGGCCGACCUCCUCGACGUCGGCAACGAGAUCCAGGAGUCCCUCAGCCGCGGCUACGAGCUCCCCGACGACGUCGACGAGGCCGAGCUCGACGCCGAGCUCGAGCUCCUCGGCGCCGACCUCGAGCACGAGGCCGGCCUCGACGCCGGCGCCGUCCCCGACUUCAUGCGCGAGGAGGUCCCCGAAUUCAUCGACGAGCCCCCUCAGUCCGCCGCCGCCAAGGUCCAGGAGGCCGCCCGGUGAUGGGCUACCGCCCGCGGCGGCAACGAAUACUAUGGGCAGAACGUGGAGUGGACUGAGACUACGCGGCGAACCCUCUGGGUACGGGAGUUACGGGAGUUUGGUACAAUACUCAAGGGGUCCAGGGAACGGGUGGAGGUUAUGCAUUACGCUGUACUGUAUUUUAGGCAAAACA